AUGGAGAGCUACGAAUUACAGCGAGCCAGGAAUGCCGUGCAAAUAGUCAGUGGCGUAGCUAUAGCCUGCAACCUCAUUGUGGUCGCCAUCUUUGCUGCUAAGAAGCAACUUCGCGUCAAGUACUACGGCUUCCUCUUCAACCUCGUGCUCACCGACCUCGCUCACGCCACUUUGGCCAUCGUGUACAUCACGGAGUACAGCCCCCUGGCCUCGGCUCUGUUUCGCACCUCGUUCUUCGUGACGGAGUUGAACGUUCUGGCUGUUGCCAUCAACCGCCUGAUAGCGCUCACCAUCCUGCCACCAGCCCGCUACGACGCCAUAGUCACCCCACUGCGCAUGCUCGUCACCUGCGUUCUCUUCUGGGUGGUAUCUGGUGCCAUCUACAUCCCAACCACCUAUGCUGUUAGUCUGCCUGUCGUCACCCGUUUCAUUAGGCCACUGAUCGCCCUGAUCAUCUUGGUGGUCACGGCAGUUCUUUACGGCGUCGUGUUUGGCAAGAUCGCGAAGUAUCGAGCCGCUCAGGCUUCAGCUUUGACCGGUAAAGACGACGAAAAGACCCAAACCAGCGUGGAGCAAACCACACGCCUGAUAAUCACAUUCUCCAUCAUCCUCGUCGUCUCAUUUCUGUGCUGGAUCCCUUAUUGCACUUGCCAGUUCAUCAUUUAUUUCAGUGGCACCGAUUGGUAUGGUCAGACCGAGCUGUUCCGAGUCGUAUUCGUCUACACCCUGGCAUUCCUGAUGGUCAACUCAGCCGUGAAUCCCUUCAUUUACUGGUGGCGUAUCCCCGAGUUCCGCGCAGACUGGUGCUGCUGCGGCGAGGGAAAGACCGUCGAUGCGCACGCGAAACCGACCAAUAUGGAAACAAUCGUUGAAUCUACCACCACCAUGUAA